UCGCAAAGCAUGCAGAGCCAUCCAAGCAAACCACAUAAAACUACACCCAGGAAUCGUAAGGUAUAGCAACAAAUGGCAGCUCAGGCUCAUUCCAUUGUAGUUCCCACUGACGCCGAGCUGCUGCAGGCACAGGCCGACCUAUGGCGCCACAGCCUCUACUACCUCAAAUCCAUGGCACUGAAGUGUGCUGUGGAGCUUGGCAUCCCCACAGCCAUCCACCGCCUAGGCGGCGCCGCCACACUGCCUGACCUGGUCACCGCGCUAUCACUUCCCGCGGCUAAGCUUCAAUUCCUUGGCCGCCUCAUGCGGCUGUUGGCAUCGUCUGGCGUCUUCGCCAUGGUUGAGGACACCUACUCGCUCACCCCCCUGUCCUACCUUUUGACGGAUGGCAUCGCUGCAGAUGGGCACAUCAACCAUGCACCUUUCCUGCUCGCUGUGACCUCGACCCACUCUAUUGACUCGGCAAUGGGGUUAGCCGCCUGGCUCAAGAAGGAAGACAAGACACCACCUUUUGAUCAUGUGCAUGGAGCAUCACUGUUCGAGGAGAGUAUGGAGCGGUUGCAUCCAGAGUUCCAUAAGAUGGCAAUCAAAGGUUUGGUAGUCCACGACAACUUUGGGGUCGACAUUGCGUUGCGAGAAUUCCGUGAAAUAUUCCAGGGGAUAAAGUCAUUGACAGAUUGCUGCUACCAUGGGGAUGGCACGACGGCGAAGGCCAUUGUGAAGGCCUUCCCACACAUAAAGGUCACCGUGCUGGACCUUCCAUACGAGGUUCGCAAAAUACCGGCUGAUGGUGUCGUUAACUAUGUUGGAGGUGACAUGUUCAAGUUCAUCCCACCUGCUCAAGUUGUGAUACUCAAGAUGGUGCUGCACCACUGGAGUGAUGAGGACUGCGUGAAGAUCCUUGCCAAUUGCAAGAAGGCAGUACCUUCACGAGAAGAUGGAGGAAAAGUUCUGAUCCGAGAUAUAGUUCUCGACCCUGCCUCCGGGCCAAUGUUUGAAACCCAACUCUUAAUGGACAUCGGCAUGAUGCUCAUAAAAGGAGGCCGGCAACGGGACUUAAAUGACUGGCGUGACAUCUUCAUCAAAGCAGGGUUCAGUGAUUAUAAGUUGAUCAAGAAAUUUGGAGCUCGAGGUGUCUUGGAGGUCUAUCCGUAAGUUUUCUCCUAGACAUUCUGGUAUUGUGGUUUGCUACGAUAAAACCUAUAAUGAAAGAAAAUAAAGGAUGCGCCAUAGUUUCUGAAUGAUCGUUUCACAGAACAUUAAGCAGCUAGCUGAGAUGACAGGCUUGGUUGCUUUAAGAUCUGUUAGAAUAAGUCUUGAGCGCUUUGCGUCGAGUUUGGGUUUGUUUGUUUCAAUUUCGGUUCAGAGCACGAUCAUGUCAAUUGGUUGUGCACGUUUGUAGCUCGAGGCAUGCGCGUUCAUGCCGGAGCGGAGUCAUAGCGGUUGACGCGGCAUGCUGGAACGUGCGAAUGGCAUGCCGCGCCCAUCGUUGAGCCAGUGUCCACGAUGAUGUCGAGUCUGUAACCUCCUUUAUAUUCAAGCAAUAGAGUCCCGAAAAAUGCUGCUGCAUUGCAGCACACAUUCGUGCGUUCUCUGGUUUCCAAUUGUGUUCGCGUGCGUGUGUCUUCCAGGGAGCUCGCCGACGAAGUGCAAGCGUCGUAUCUCUGGCGAUUUCUAACAAGAUCUGCAUAACUUUCAUUUGGGAAAGUACCAACGCACAAGGUGAGAUUGUACAUGUACCAUAUUGGUAUCCACCAACCAGGAGUUGGAUAUAUGUACUGGCUUGUUAUUAGUCCAGUUCUAUCAUUAAUAUUCAAGAGGGACUCUUUCCAUUAGCCCCUGUAUCUCGGAAAGCAGGGGCAACCGUUGUACCAACACUAAAUAUAUCUAUAAAUAUUCAGGAGAGUCUCUGGACUGUUUGUGAAUACUUUACUGUUAUUCAUGUUGAGUUUGCUAGAUCGAUUGCUUGUGACUAUAAUUGAAUAGCAAUGUCAAAGAACAACUGGACCUGACAAAUAAUAGUUUGGGGAGUCCUGGGAAUAGGUCCGAAAGGAUGAUCACGGUGACUUGACAAGGAAAACCAGACAAGUUGCUUGAAUUUUUCUUGUAACGAGGAUUUUUUGAUCUCUCCCGAUGAUCAAUUUUUCAGAUUUUUCCAGAACCUUGUGCAUUAAAAGAUAUUUUGUUGUUUGAAGAUGAGUUUGUAUUUAUUUUA